AUGAAAAAUGAAGUAGUUUAUGAUGAAAGUUAUAUACCUAUGCAACAGAUAAACCAAAAAUUAAAUAAGACAAUUUCACCAAUUGAUGAUAUUGCAAGUAUAACUUCAAUAUCAAUUUUUCGAGAAAAAGUGAGGAAGAUGAAACUAUGGCCAAAUUAUGAUCAUAUAUUUAGAGUUGCUAGAAAAGAAGGAAAAUGGUAUCUUAGACAUCAACCAAGAGGGGAAACUUUACAAACAUUGUAUUCUAAACGUUUAGUUGAUAUUUCCAAGGCACCAUAUAAAGGAUUAGUUGUUAAUCCAAUUCCAAUAGAAGUUCUUCAAAGUACAACUCAAAUUAUACUUAAUAGCCAUAAUAUCCCUUCAAAUCUACAUGAACUAGUAAGCUCCUUUAUUAUUUAUAGUUUGAAAUAA